AUGGAUAUAAAAAGAAGAAAUAUUUAAUAUUCAAAACCAUGUCCUGUUUAUCUUCUGGCCUCUUUUGGAUGUGCCACAACUCUCCUAAGUGAAAUACUUUGCUACCCCCUUGAAUACAUCAAAGUCAAAUUACAAAUGAAUGGAACUCAAGGUUGUCCCAAGUACAAAAACAUUAAGUCAUUGCUUGCUGAAACAACGUCCAUAAGACAAUAUUAUAGAGCAAUCAAUGCCUAAAUGUUGAAAAUCAUACCCUAUUCUACCACCAGAAUAUUCGCAUAUGAAUUUAUACGAACUGCCAUUACAGGAGAUAUUGUAGAAACCACAUUCAGAAGGAAACUCUCGUGUGCGUCAAGUGCUUAUGCAAUCGCAUUACUGACUGGAAACAUGGGAGACAUCUUGAAGAUCAGAAUGAUAAACAACCCAGAAUUAACCUUGGUGUAAACAAUAUAGUAAUCAUAUAAUAAAACUGGGUUGGCUGGGUUUUUCAGGGGUUAUUGGCUGAAUGUAAUAACCAUCACAGCCAUCUAAGCAGUCGAGAUAUCACUGUUUGAGAGAUUUUAGAGAUUCUUUGUGAAGAACUUUACUCAGGGAGACAACUCAAUAGGCAUAGAUGUGCUCUCCAGUCUACUCACUGGAAUAAGUGGCGGAGUUCUGACUGCUCCACUGGACGGGUUUAAGUCGAGAUAUAUGAAUUAGGUGAUUGAUCAAUAGACCUAUUGGAACACCUUCAUUAGUUUGAUCAAGGACGAGGGGUUGUUUGGGUUGUACAAGGGAACCUUGCCGUAUUGUAUAAAGUUGUCAAUCGGAUCCACUUUGACCUUUGUGCUCUAUGAACAAUUCAAGAAGCAAAUAAUUUGA